AGUAACUAUAGUAAAGUUCUUUGUUAUAUUUUUCCCUUGAUCAAUACCACUUGAAGUGCUAGAUUUUAAGCAAGAUAUAAAAUGAAACGUUUGUUAAAUCAUAUUUAACAUUCGGUAGGUGGUCGUUAAUAAGUAAAUGAGACACUUCUUGCACAACAAAGAUUAAAAUAAUUGCACGACAAUAGAUAGUUUUUUAAAUCAUCAAGAACAUUUUGUCGCCAUUACGUCAUCAGUUAUCACCUAUAUUUCAUAUAAUUGUCAAGUUUUGUUCGAUAGCAACAUACAAUUUAAUGUAGUGAAAAACUGUAGGUACCUACCUGAUUAUAAGAAAACGAAAGGUCACGUAGUAGAUAAAUAAUUCCUCCACAAGUUUAAACGACGGCGGCUUACUAAUUUGCUUUAUUGCCCCUUUCAUACUACGAGUACGCUAAUAGGUAGUCAGCGAAUGAAGGUUUAAUAGGCCCUAGUUUAAUUCGUUAUGUUCUGUACAUGAUCACAUCAGUAUCAUACUAUGAAGUACUUCCGAAACAUAUUAAAAUGCAAGUGGAAAAAUGUGCUUAAAAUUUUUGAUAGUGCACCGUGUAGUGAUAUUGCAUACAUAUUUCAUCUCUCAUUCAGCAAUUUGCCUUUCCGAUAAAUAAAGUUAAAGUUAAUUACUUGAUGGCGGAAUCCGAUGUGAUAGGUGACAGCUAUCACAUGGGAAAAAGAAUUUUCGUAGUACCCGGAAUGGAAAACGUUAGAGCAGCAUUUCAGACUCUCAGAUGGCCUGAUUACAUGAUCUGCGCCCUUACGUUAUUAUGCUCUAUGGUAAUUGGAAUAUACGUCAGUUUUUUCUACACUCCAGUCACUGCCAAAGAAUAUUUUUUGGGUAAGAAAAAACUGAAAAUUAUCCCCGUCGGUCUAUCCAUAUGCGCAAGUUUUAUCAGUGGCUUCUUAAUGAUAAAAAUUCCCACUGAUACCUAUUUGUACGGAAUACAACAUGUCUACUUGAUAAUAGGAUUCAUUGCUAUGACGUUAGUAAUGAAUCAUAUUUUUCUUCCAGUAUUGUACCGUUUAAAUUUAACUUCUGUUUAUGAGUAUUUAGAAAAACGUUUUGACAAGAAACUAAGACUGUUUGGAGCUGUUCUGUACAUAAUCUACAUGUUAAGUUGGCUACCUCUCACGAUUUGUAUUGCUUCUACAACAUUUGUCAGUGUUACAGAACUAAAUAUUAAUUUUGUAACGCCAGUACUAUGCACAAUUUGUAUCUUUUAUACCUCACUGGGUGGUUUAAAAGCCGUGAUUUGGACAGACGUAUUUCAUAUGGUCAUCAUAUUCGCAUCUUUGCUUUUAAUAACGGUCAAAGGAACCCUAGAUAUCGGACAUAUAGACGUUAUUGUAGAUCGAAAUUUACAAAGUGGACGUAUUGAAGGUCCAAAUUUAAACCUUAACUUAUCAGAAACUAACACCCUGUGGACUUCAGUAUUUGGAGGAUGUAUGUACUAUCUCUUUGUGUCAGCAAUAAAUCAGAACGUAAUGCAAAAAUAUUUAGCACUCCCUUCACUAAAGGACGCAAUAAAGACUUCUUGGCUUUUUGUGUUCACUCUAUGUUUAAUUACUAUGCUGUGUACUUACUGCGGAAUUAUAAUUUAUGCAAUGUUUCAUCAGUGCGACCCAUUAACAACCAAGCUUGCCGCCGAAAAGAAUCAAGUUUUGGCUCUAUUUGUAAUGAAAGUUUUGAGCGAAUAUUCCGGGAUGUCAGGAUUAUUUAUAGCAGGAAUAUGGAGCGGAACAUUAAGUUCUUGGGCUACUGUCCUUAACAGUGUAACCGCUGUUGUGGUUGAAGAUAUAUAUACCAUUUUUUCGACAACACAGUUUAGAGAAAAACAAUGGUCUAUAUUAUUAACAAAAUUUACAUCAAUAGUGUUAGGCAUAAUAUGUGCAUGUUUAGCUUACACUGUAAACAAUGUGGACACGGUUUUAAAGAUAAACAGCAUUAUUUUCUCCGUAACUGGAGGUCCAUCACUAGGAUUAUUCAUAAUGGGCAUAAUGUUUCCAUGGAUAAAUACAAAAGGUGUUUUCAUCGGAGGAAUAUCUUCUUUAUGUUUCAUGGCUUGGUUAAUUUUCAAUACGUUGGCAGGCAAUAAUUUCACAAGUCCCACGAAGUCCCUGGCUACUACAGAAUGCCGUUACCACUUUGUUCCACAACAGAUUUUCACAGACCAGACAAAUACCUCUGGUGUGUUAACUUUGGGAGAAGAAUUUUUCCAAAUGUCUUAUUUAUGGCAUCCUUUACUUGGAGUUUUAAUAUCAGUACUUGUUGGUUUCUCGAUAAAUUUAUUACUGGAUUCUCCUGAUCCUCGUGAUGUCGAUCCACGUCUACUAGCUCCAUUUGUUAAAAAAUAUAUCAAACCUAGAGAAUUUCCCAACGAACCUGGAGAUGGUAUAAUAUACGCUUUUGAUUCAUCAAAAAAGGUAACUAACGAUGUAUCAUCGUUAGAGUGCAUGCAACCAAAUAAUAGCUAAGAAUAUAAGCAGUGACUCUUUUAUUAGUAAUGUAUAUAUUUUCGUCUGUGUAGAUAUCAAAACUAAUAAACUUUUUGUUAAGAA